AUGACCGGUUUUUCUACCUUCCAAUCGGGGCUCAUCAGGCAACUAAAUGCGCUGCACCAGGCCGCCGUGAUUUUGCGAUACAUGUAUAGACCCAAUACACUACUCAUAAGGUCGCUGAAAAUGCUUCGGAGCACACGACCGUCAAAAGAGGAACUUAUCGUCUGUGAGAGCUCCUUGGUGAAAGCCCGGACGGCGGGAACGUGUUUUCUCCGCAGUAUGGCUGCUACUCGUGCUCCAUGGUUGUCCGUGGACCCGUGGAAAGUGGUUGACUUCCUGCUCCAUACGCGCGGGCGAGUGUGUUGGGCCGAGUUGUAUGCCUAUUUAUUGUUAGAGCGCAAAUUUACUGACCGGAAGCUCCAUGGUUCGAACCCGACCCCUCUGCCUCUCGACUUCUCCUGUCCAGGCUUGGGCAACCUGGCAGUAUCCCAACCCUCGUGCUUCCUUCGGGUGGUUUUAACGGAGGACUCAGCUGAAUCUCUUGUUUGUGAUAUUCUUCAGCUGAAUGUGCCGUACACAAGUCAUCUUGUAUUUCAGCUGGCACGAUAUUCGAGAUAUCGCGGUUACAAGGGGAACUAG